CAGCAGCAAAAGUGCACACGCAGAGGCUUCCACUACCCUCUGCGCAUCGCUCUGAUAACGAUAUAAAUACAGGAGCAACACUGAUUUGCCUAUGCCACGUGCACAAUUGGAGACGUAUACACUGCCACAGUGCGUCUCAUCGUGGCCUGCGAUUGAUGCUGCCCGCUAACAAGCGAAGCAACCAACAUCUUUACUAAGAAGGAACGAAAUGUAUGUAACGCCAAACGAAUCAGUCGCAACAAGCGCAGCCACUAUGGAAGACUCAACUCGAGAAUGGGUCGGUCGCGCCGCGGGCAUCGUGACCAUGGCCAGCUUCGUCGGUAGCCUGUCGAUGUCCUGGCGGGUCUGGCGCUCCGGAAACACGAUCGGCGUCGCCUUCUUGCCCCUGGCCGCCGCCGCCAUCUGCCUGCACGCCUGGAUCAUCUACGGGAGAGCCACCGGCGACCCCAACGUGGUGUGGGUGAACACCUGCGGUCUCGCCCUCAUGCUGGUCAACACGUUCGUGCACCGCUUCUACUCUCGGGACCAAUGGCCCGGCAUGGCCCUGCUGGCAACGCUCGCGGCCAUGGAGAUCGCGUCGCCCGCGAUGAGCGUGACGUGGCUGGGCAACCUCGCGUUCGUCACCACCGUGGCCUGCAACGCGGCGCCGGUCGCCCGCAUCAGGACGGUCCCGCUGCCGGAGAUCGCCGCGUGGACGCUGUCCGCCUGCGGUCUCUGGACCGCGUACGGGGCGCUCGCCCGGGACGCGCCGCUGUUCGCGAGCAACCUGGUCGGCACCGUGUUCGCCGCGACAGAGCUGGGCGUGGCCGCGUGGAGACUGUGUCGAGGCGACGUGGACGUGCCCUCGCAAGUGGUGUGACGCGUUGCCCGCGAGCACGUGACUUGGUGCUCUUGAAGGCCUCGGAACAGCAUGCAUCCCGGGCUUAGCGGCCCGCACCUACUGUAUGUGUCACCGAGAACUGUCACCCAGGAUUCCUCGGUUGAACCGUGCAUUUUCGGCGUCGCAUUUGCUCUCGAUCGGACACGUUUCCAUAGGAGAAUGCAGCUUUGGAAUAUCCGGAUAUGGCACGCAAGAAGCUUCACACAAACGGUUAAACGUAUGACGCACAAGAGGCUUCAGACAAGCAGCCUUAUACGAACUAGCGCGACCGCAAUGACUUGCUGUGCUAUGCAGGAGUCUUGAAGCCAGAAGCUGAAGUAGCACAUAUUGGCUAAUUACAAUAUUUGCGUUUUACUACACAACGCAGUGUCGCAAAGAUGUCAACAAUGCUCCCGUGUGUAUUCGGUAUUGUGUAAACUGUAAUGUGUGUGUAAUGUGUGCGCGUAACGGUAGCGCGAAAUAGCUGCGAACAGCGGAUUUUCCUCAAAAACUUUGGACCACCAACCUGACAUGCCCGAAAGUUGCCAGCGUGUGCGUAGACCAUUGCAAGCUAAGAUAGUUAGCCAUACAUCCAGUGACGCCUCUUCUCGACAAGUGUAUAUUCUGGGCGAUGUUUUUAAUUGUAAAUAAAGGACUUCAAAUGUU